GUGGACCCCAGUUAAGCGUCUGUCUCGGUUAGCGUCACUCCAGCUGCAACCGGUCCGCGGUAGACGCUGGUUUUUUCCCCUGGUCCGAGUAGGCCCAGUUCCGCCUCUCCGGCCGCUAGACAGUCUCGGAGGCCCUUUCCAUUUACUUUGGGAGCCCCGACGGCGAGCGGCGGCGGCAGCCACCAAGGUUCGGCUUCAGCAUCGACUGCUGACGCCACUGCUCGUUCAAGCACCAUGCUGUUUACUUCAGUGUCAGAUGCUUCUACCUCCACUGUUGCUUCUGGGUUCUCAUUUGUUUCCCCAACAACUUCGAAUGGAGCAUUUGGUGGUUUAACUUUGGGAUUUGGAUUCAAAUUUCCUGGAAUGGGUGGAGGAGCUCAUACUGUAUCUACUACAGCAUCAACAACGACCACCACCACUGUCACUACUACCACUACGACUACCACAACCACCAGUGGCUUUACUUUGAAUCUAAGAUCACUGGCAUCAGCUGGGAUUAAUAGCAUUGUUCCAGUCGGUAUUAAUUCCAUACCUUUUACUUCGACUGUUAAUGCAAUCGUAACUCCUGUGAUGACAUAUGGUCAGCUGGAGGGUCUGAUAAACAAAUGGAGCCUUGAUUUAGAGGAUCAAGAGAGGUACUUUCUUCACCAGGCCACUCAGGUCAAUGCUUGGGACUGUACACUGAUUGAGAAUGGUGAGAAGAUUACUACUUUGCAUGGAGAAGUGGAAAAAGUGAAACUGGAUCAGAAAAGGCUGGAACAAGAAUUGGAUUUUAUCCUGUCACAGCAGAAGGAACUAGAAGAUCUCUUGACCCCUUUAGAGGAGUUUGUGAAGGACCAGAGUGGGGCUGCUUAUCUGCAGCAUGAAGAUGCAGAGCCUGGGAAGACUUACAAAUUAGCAGAAAAUAUAGAUGCUCAGCUGAAGCGAAUGGCCCAAGAUCUCAAGGACAUUAUCGAAAACCUGAAUACAUUUGGAAGUCCUGCAGACGUCACUGACCGGCUCCAGCAGAUCUGCAAAAUUCUGAAUGCUCAUAUGGACUCUCUACAGUGGAUUAAUGAGAAUUCAGGCAUGCUGCAACGGAAGGUAGAAGAGGUAACACAGGUUUUUGAGGAUCAUCAUCACAUGGAGCUGGAACGCAGUGUCAAGAUUGCUUUUGAUUGAAUGACCAUAUCUUCAGCAUGUUCUUUGGGGAUUAUAUAUCACCUACAAAUUGUGAUGAUGUGAAAUAGAGUAGUAUUUGCAAUUAUUACUUAAUCUUUGGUUGCAAUAAAGUGUGCACGUUGUUGGGUUUGUUUUUUUUUUUUUUUUUUUUUUAUUUCAAUAUUAGGCUGUUGAGAAUUAUUCUGUAGUUUGGCUUUUCGUAUUAGCAAACCAGAACUCUAUUCGCCUUCUUUACCAGGCUGCAACCUAUUAGAUGUCAACGCUGUGUGUGUAAUUUUAUCUUAUAUUCUCCUAGAUUCCAUAUUCUACCAGCAGCACAACAUUGUCCUUCUUACUCUAACCGGAUCAUAGAGAAAUGUUUGACGAGAAAUAGAUGCCCAACCAGUCUUUACUGGGUGCCUCUUAACUUUCAACAUAUAGUGCUAGCUAGAUACUGUAGUCUUUUUCCUCAACGGAACAUAAUGUCUAGUUUGAGAUAAAAUUAGUGCCUGUCUGUAUAAAAACAAUAUAGACAAUACAAGGAAGUGUGUGAAUUACAGAAAGUGUGCUAUAGAGAUUCAGAGAAGAAGAGAAGUUAGGGUGGAUUUGGGCCUUGAAUUAGGUUAUUUUUAAAAGGGUAAGGUUUAGGCAACUCAUUUAUUUUUGAUGUAUAGAUAACCUGUUAUUUUAUUUGGCUUUAGCAUAUGAUUUAUAGUUGUUGGUUUUUGUAUAUUUGUUUGUUUUUCAAGAAAAAGCCUUGUACUUAGCUUGGCAAUAGUCUGAUCUUUUGUGUUGCAUGUUUUACCUAAGUCAUAAAUAAAGAUGAUAUUCUAAAAAAUAAAAG